AUGGCCUCUAGUAACCUUCAUACUUAUGGUGUCAAACAUUGUGUCCUAAUAGAUGGUGAUUGUGGUCGAUUUGAACUGUUUAGUAACGUGCAUCCGUACACGUUGAAUCGUCUAGCUCAAUCAAAUGACUUUCCAGCAUUUUAUUUACACGCUAUAGCGGGGUCUCUCGUGAUGGGAGAUCACGGUACAUCACUUGACUAUCAUAUUUGUUACAAUGCACUCGACAAAGAAACUGAUGACUACUAUCAGGUGUUGGCACGAAAAUAUUCUCAGAAUGUUCGACUAUAUGCAUCGAUGGAACCCGAGGGAGUUGGGGCUUGUAUGAAACUUAUGGCGGAUAAGUAUAAAAAUGAAUAUAAUUGUCUAUGGGUUAUACACGGAACUGAAAACUGCUACCAGGAAUUGAUUGCACAUUUAAACGCUGAUUCGUCAGCAAUUGUAGCGAAUUAUAGUUGGACACAAAAUUUGAAACGGGGUUCGAAUCGAAUCGAAUAUUUAUUUACGGACGUUGCACCAAAGGUACUUGAUGCUCAACUCAAAAACUGUGGUACAAAGUCAUUUCCAUUGUAUGUAACACAGCCAACGCCACUAGCUGCGACUACGUCAAAGCAGGAAAAAUCCUCAGAGAAACCGAAAGAUGUUCGAUCAUUCAUUUGUGAACGAGAUAAAUGUGGAAAAUCAUUUAGCUCAAAGAAGCAGCUGAACCGCCAUGUAGUUCGAGAGCAUCCGAUACAGAUUGCUCUGCACGAUCCGAACCCACAUACUGAACAGUUGAUCGAAAAUCAGAAUUCAACAAUUCCACCGUUGUCGCAGCCGCCGGCUCCACCCCCGCCGCAGCCGUCGCCAAGUCCUGGUAAAGCCACGAAGAAACCCAAAGUUAAAUCAUUCACUUGUGAUAAAGACAAUUGUAGAAAAUCAUUUAGUUCAAUAAAGCAGUUGAGCCGUCAUCGGGACAAAGAACAUCCAGUAAUAAUUCAGCUACAAGAGACACAACCGUCUGUUAACGAAGAGAUAGACGACGAGCAUCCGUCGAAACCGAAAGUUACGAGUCCAGAGGAAAUGCAAUAUUCGGAUCAACAUCGUCGAUUGCCUCAGGGUCCAUGA